CCCAUCCAACCCACCCAUCUUCCUUCUUCUAUUCUCUCUUCUCCUCUCCUCCUCUCUCUCUCUCCCACCUUCCCCUCCUUCCCCAGGGAUCGAGGAAGAGAACAAGAAGAAGUGACGUCAAAGGAAACAAGCUCUUCCUAAAAAGGUAACAGAGAAGCCAAAGGAGAAGAAGAGCAGAAGAGGAGACGGAAAAAAAAGUGCAUGGAGUCUGCCCCUGGCCAUUCAGGUGUGGGUGAGGGCUCCUCCUCCUCCCCCCGGCGUGAGCCGACCCCAGCAUCGAGUCAACCGCCUCCGGCACCAGCUCCGGCGCCGCCGAGCAGGUACGAAUCGCAGAAGAGACGGGACUGGAACACGUUCCUGCAGUACCUGCGCAACCACAAGCCGCCGCUGACGCUGGCUCGCUGCAGCGGCGCCCACGUGAUCGAAUUCCUGCGGUACCUUGACCAGUUCGGGAAGACCAAGGUCCACAACGCCGGUUGCACCUUCUUCGGCCAACCCAACCCGCCGGGCCCCUGCGCUUGCCCUCUAAAGCAGGCCUGGGGCUCCCUCGACGCUCUCAUAGGCCGCCUGCGAGCUGCCUACGAGGAGAGCGGCGGCCGCCCGGAGGCGAAUCCCUUCGCCGCCCGCGCCGUCCGCAUCUACCUCCGCGAGGUCCGGGAAAGCCAGGCCAAGGCUCGCGGCGUCCCCUACGAGAAGAAGAAGCGGAAGCGCCAGCCUCCCGCCGCGGCCGCCGGGGGCGGACAGGCUACUGGAGCAGGAGAGUCUUCUGCUUCUUCUUCUUCUUCCGCCGCCGCCGCCGCCACCACCGCCGCUUCUGGGAGUGGUUCGGUGGGUGGAAAGGGAUCCGAUGCUCCGCCAGGUGGUUCUCCUUCUUCUUGAGUAUAGAUCCUCCUCACUCUCUAUUUCUUGCUUCUGUUUUUUGUUAUUAUUAAGGUGGGUUUCGUAAGAUAGGAGUUUUAUUGUUAUUGCUAUUGGCGAUCCUCUCGAUCGAUACUUCUGAUGACGCCGUGGGGAAGGAUUUCCAGAAAAGAAGAGAGUUGACAUCUCUUUCUCUUUUCUAUCUCUCUAUUUCUUUCUUUCAAGUGAUGAAUGGUGAGUUUGAUUAAUUGGCGAUAAUUGGUUUUGUUCUUUUGCUUU